AUGACAGAUCAAUCCAAAAGAAUGAUUCGCUAACAAUAUUUCUUGGCUCUGUAGUGGUGUUCGAAGAGACGCCAUGUCUGCCAAGCACAGAAAGGAGUCAAGCUACGAAACAGAAAGUUCAACAGCUCCCGACAGUACGACCAGAGAAAAGCUAGGGUUCUCCAUUGGAGAUGAGGUGCUGUUGAACCGAAAGGAUGGCAAUUUCUAUCUGGGAACUGUUGUCGAGUUGGACAACGUGCGCGAGCAAUGCCUGAUCAAGUUUGACGACAACACGUCGAGCUGGUCACACGUGAAACACAUGACACGUCUGUUUCCCAUGGGUGAUGGAUUCGACGAUGACGUGGUGAUGUGUGUCGUGUGCAAGCAGAGUGAGCCACAGGCCACUAUUGUCGUCUGCAACCGGUGUGCACGGGGCUACCAUCAGCUGUGUCAUCAGCCGGCAAUCAGCAGUGACAGCAUUCGUAAAUGGCAAUGUCGUCGAUGUCAGGUGCCACUGAUUGAUGAGCUGCGUGCCUACCGCAAGAAGGCCAAAACCAAAGCUGCAUCGCCAACUAAGAAGACAGCUUCUGCUGCACCCAAUGCAGCUGUAGAUGCACCCAAUACAGUUGCAGAUGCACCCAAUGCAGCUGCAGUACAGUUGAGGUCAUCAGGGCAGCAGGAGAAUGCACAGUUGCAGCCGGAGUCGAAUCCUAGGUUGCAGUUGCCAUACGAUUUGAAAAGCCUGGUUUGGGACGAACAGCACGAGGUGAACUCUCAGCAGAAAUACUGCUAUUGUGGCAGCAGUGGAGACUGGUACCUGAAGAUGUUGCAGUGUUCUCAAUGCAGGCAGUGGUUCCAUGAGCGCUGUGUUUCCUGUCUACAGUACCCGCUCUAUCUGGGCGAUAGGUUCUACGUAUUUGUGUGUGGCGUAUGCAACGUAGGUGUUGAGUUUGCGCGCCGUCUGGAGGUGGGUUGGGUGGACCUGGUGCAUUUGGCACUGUUCAAUAUGACGGUGUGUCGCGCCGAGGAGUACCAUCACAUCGAUCAGCACAUCAACUAUUUCAUCAACUGUAACUGGACCAGUCUACAAUUGCCACCAAAGAUUAGUAAAGUCUGGCCAAAAGAAAGAAAAACUAUUAUAACAAAUGUACUUCUAAAAAAUAGCUCUAGGUUUAAAAGUGCGCGCGAACUGAAGAAGAGCAGCCCACUUUGGGGACUGCGCAUGCGUGUACCACCCCCUCCACCACUCGUACCGCGGCUGCCAACCCUCCCCACUACCACCCCUCUCACAGAGCAACGGCUCCUCAACGCCAACCCUACCUGCAAGUUCCUACCACACAGGCCAGUUGCUUCGCCACAAAAGACUGAUGUAAAGAACCACGUGAACCAGAGCAACCACAAUCAUAAUGGGGAGAUUGUGGAAGGCAUUCUGCCCAAGGCGUGGCGAUCGGACAAGGUGCAGGCCGGCAUUAAGAUGCUUCAUAUAGAUGCCAGGCCCCUACUGCUGCCUAAAGGCAUGCCUGCUACCGGCCAUAAGGUAUUUCAGUUUUUUUUCAUUUAUCGUCUGUCUAUGAAAGAGCUAUGUGGAUUUGUCCGUAGUUAUUUCAGGGACUGGACACAGCGAUCUGAAUUCAUUAGGAUUGUACAGAUAUUGUACAGGUUGCAGUUCAGUAGCGACUCGUUGUAGCAUCUUGGGGCUUCCCGUU